AACACAUAGUAGAAAUUGAUGGAAUAAAAUCUGAUCCACAAAAGGUAGAAAAGUUAGAAAAGCUUCCAUUACCAAGAAACAUUACCCAACUUAGAGCGUUUAUAGGACUGGCUUUCUAUUAUAGAAGAUUUAUCGAAGGAUUUGCUAAAAAGGCUACGCCUUUAUAUAAAUUAUUACAAAAUAAUAUAGAAUUUAUUUGA